CAUGAGGAUCGUGUGAAGCAUUGAGGCUCUGUUUUGAUUAGAUUAGAUUAGCUAGCUAGGUUUGAAGCGAGAGUAGUAGGAGUAGAAGAAUCACAGCUUCAGGAAACCGGAGACGGAAAUUCGAGAGCCGUGAGGUGAAUGGCGGCUCCAGAAUCUGGCCCGCAGGGGCUGACGCGACGGCCGUCACGGAGCGCCGCGACGACGACGUUUUCCACGGAGGUUUUCGACAACGAGGUUGUCCCCUCCGCCAUCGCCCCCAUCUCUCCGCUCCUCCGCGUCGCCAACGAAGUCGAGCCCGAGCGUCCUCGCGUCGCCUAUCUCUGUCGGUUCUACGCGUUUGAGAAGGCGCACAGAUUGGACCCCGCCUCCAGCGGACGUGGUGUAAGGCAGUUCAAGACCUUGCUCCUGCAACGAUUGGAGAGGGAGAAUGCAUCAAGUCUUUCUGCUCGAGUUAAAAAGUCUGAUGCCAGGGAAAUUACAAGCUUCUAUCAGCAGUAUUAUGAUCAUUAUGUCAAAGCUGUUCAAGAGGAGCAGGUAGACAGAGCUCAAGUGAGUAAAGCCUACAAUACACUUAACCAACUUUUUGAAGUACUUUGCGGGGUUAACAAGUCAGAAAAAGUCGAGGAAGUUGCUCCUGAGAUUAUUGCAGCUGCUAGAGAUGUCCAAGAGAAGACAGAAAUAUACGCCCCGUAUAAUAUUCUCCCAUUGGAUUCUGCUGGUGCUACACAGGCUGUCAUGCAGCUUGAAGAGGUCAAGGCCGCUGUGUCUGCACUAUGGAACACUCGUGGUCUUAACUGGCCAAGUUCAUUCGAGCAGCACAGACAAAAAGCUGCUGAUAUGGAUCUCCUCGAUUGGCUCAGGGCCAUGUUUGGGUUCCAGAGAGAUAACGUUAGGAACCAGAGGGAACAUUUGAUAUUGCUACUUGCGAAUAAACAUAUAAGACUUCAUCCCAAACCUGAACCUCUUAAUAAGCUUGAUGACCGAGCUGUUGAUGCAGUGCUGGACAAGCUUUUUAAGAACUACAAAACGUGGUGCAGAUUUUUGGGACGAAAACAUAGUUUAAGGCUUCCCCAAGGUCAGCAAGAAGUACAACAGAGGAAGAUACUUUACAUGGGUUUAUAUCUUCUCAUAUGGGGUGAAGCAGCGAAUGUUCGCUUUAUGCCCGAAUGCCUCUGCUAUAUUUUCCAUAAUAUGGCUUAUGAACUCCAUGGCCUCUUGGCUGGAAAUGUCAGCAUCGUCACUGGGGAAAAUAUAAAGCCUUCUUAUGGUGGGGAUGAUGAGGCUUUUUUGAGGAAGGUUAUAUCCCCCAUAUACCGAGUCAUCGAUAAGGAAGCCAAGAAGGGCAGCAAUGGGAAAGCUCCUCACACAGCUUGGUGCAACUAUGAUGAUCUAAAUGAAUAUUUCUGGUCAUCUGAUUGUUUCUCUCUUGGUUGGCCCAUGCGUGAUGAUGGUGAUUUUUUUAAAUCAACUCGUGACUUGGCACAGGGAAGAAAGGGCUCUAAAAGAAAAUCUGGAAGCACAGGCAAAUCAUAUUUUAUCGAAACUCGCACAUUUUGGCACAUCUUUCGAAGUUUUGAUAGAAUGUGGACAUUUUAUAUACUGGCCCUACAGGCUAUGCUCAUUAUUGCAUUCAGCAAGGUUUCACUGCUGGAUAUUUUUCAAAAGGAUAUCCUAGGAGAUCUCUCAAGUAUUUUCAUUACAGCAGCAUUUCUUCGUGUCCUUCAAAGUAUUCUGGAUAUGGUUUUGAACUUCCCUGGAUAUCACAGGUGUCGGUUCACAGAUGUCCUGAGAAAUAUUUUGAAGAUAAUAGUUAGUCUUGCGUGGGCAAUCAUUCUUCCACUUUUUUACGUGCAUAGCAUCGAUAAUCCCCCUGCACAAAUUGCAAAUAUACUGUCAUUCCUCAAGAAUAUUAAUGGGGUGCCGUCACUAUAUCUUUUCGCUGUUGGAGUAUAUCUGAUUCCAAAUGCCCUGACAGCCCUUUUGUUCUUGUUCCCAAUGCUCCGUCGUUUUAUUGAAAAUUCAGACUGGCAUAUCAUCAGGUUCCUCUUGUGGUGGUCACAGCCAAGAAUAUAUGUUGGAAGAGGAAUGCAUGAAAGUCAAUUCGCCCUUCUAAAAUAUACUUUUUUCUGGGUGCUACUUUUGGCUUGCAAGUUUACAGUUAGCUACUUUGUCCAGAUAAAACCUCUGAUACAGCCAACAGAAGACAUAAUGAGGAUUCGUCGUAUUAGAUAUCAGUGGCAUGAAUUUUUCCCUAAUGCUGAACAGAACUAUCCCGCAGUUGUUUCACUCUGGGCACCUGUUAUCUUGGUUUACUUCAUGGACACACAAAUUUGGUAUGCUAUGUUUCAGACAUUGUAUGGAGGUAUUGUUGGCGCCUUCGAUCGCCUAGGAGAGAUUCGAACUCUAGGCAUGCUAAGAUCCCGAUUCCAGUCUCUACCUGGUGCAUUCAAUACAUACCUAGUGCCCUCGGAUAAGUCCGUAAAAAGAGGAUUUUCUUUCUCAAAGAAAUUUGCGGAGGCUUCAGCAAGUAGGAGAAGUGAAGCUGCAAAGUUUGCUCAGUUGUGGAAUGAAGUGAUAUGUAGCUUUCGUGAGGAAGACCUCAUCAGUGACAGGAAAUGCUCUGCAACAUAGGAAAUGGAUAUGCUGCUGGUUCCUUAUUCUUCAGAUCCCAGCCUGAAAAUAAUUCAGUGGCCGCCUUUCUUGCUUGCUAGCAAAAUCCCAAUAGCACUAGACAUGGCAGCUCAAUUCAAAAACAAGGAUGCUGAUCUCUGGAAGCGGAUAUCUGGGGAUGAAUAUAUGAAGUGUGCAGUGAUUGAAUGUUACGAGUCUUUCAAACAUGUCCUUAAGGCUUUGGUAGUUGGAGAAAAUGAGAAAAGGAUCAUUGGCAUCAUUAUUAAAGAAAUUGAAAGUAACAUUUCCAAGAAUACAUUUCUUGACAGUUUUAGAAUGGCCUCUUUACCCACUCUUUGCCAGAAAUUUGUAGAGCUUGUGGUGAUCUUGAAAGAUGGCGAUUCAUCCAAACGAUCUGCAGUGGUGCUGCUGCUGCAAGAUAUGUUGGAAGUUGUCACUCGUGAUAUGAUGGUGAAUGAGAUCCGAGAGGUGGUUGAAGUUGGUCAUAGUAGCAAGGACACUGGAAGGCAACUUUUUGCUGGUACUGAUGCAAAACCUGCGAUAGUGUUCCCUCCUCCAGUUACAGCACAAUGGGAAGAACAGAUAAGACGCCUCCAUCUGCUGUUGACUGUUAAGGAGUCUGCCAUUGAUGUACCAGUAAACCUUGAAGCACGUAGAAGAAUAUCAUUCUUUACAAAUUCAUUGUUCAUGGAUAUGCCUCGUGCUCCCAGUGUCCGUAAAAUGCUUUCGUUCAGCGUCUUGACUCCCUACUACAGUGAGGAGACUGUUUAUUCCAAAAGUGACCUUGAGAUGGAAAAUGAAGAUGGUGUAUCAAUCAUUUUUUACUUGCAGAAGAUUUUCCCAGAUGAAUGGACUAACUUCAAGGAGCGGAUUAAUUGUAAGGAGGAAUUUGAAAUAUGGGAUUCUGAAGAGAAUACUUUGCAGCUCCGUCAUUGGGUUUCCUUACGAGGACAAACUCUCUGCAGGACAGUUAGAGGAAUGAUGUAUUACCGGCGAGCUCUGAAGCUUCAGGCUUUUCUUGACAUGGCUGAUGAAAAAGAGAUACUAGAGGGCUACAAAGCCGUCAUGGUUUCACAUGACGAUGAAAAGAAGAGCCGGAGAUCCGUAUUUGCUCAACUAGAAGCUGUGGCUGAUCUUAAAUUUACCUACGUUGCUACUUGCCAGAACUAUGGAAACCAGAAGCGAAGUGGAGAUCGUCGUGCGACUGAUAUCCUGAAUCUGAUGGUUAAUAAUCCCUCUCUCAGGGUUGCAUAUAUUGAUGAAGUUGAAGAACGUGAAGGGGACAAGGUGCAAAAGGUUUACUAUUCUGUGUUGGUCAAAGCAGUUGACAAUCUUGACCAGGAAAUAUACCGAAUAAAAUUGCCAGGCUCAGCAAAGAUUGGAGAAGGGAAGCCUGAAAACCAGAACCAUGCAGUAAUUUUUACUCGUGGAGAAGCCCUUCAGGCUAUUGACAUGAACCAGGACAAUUACUUGGAAGAAGCUCUCAAGAUGCGUAACCUUCUUGAAGAAUUUAAUGAGGAUCACGGAGUGCGUCCGCCUUCAAUUUUAGGUGUUCGUGAACAUAUAUUUACUGGAAGUGUUUCAUCGUUGGCGUGGUUUAUGUCAAAUCAAGAAAUGAGCUUCGUGACUAUAGGUCAAAGAGUUCUUGCUAGACCUCUUAAGGUUCGUUUCCAUUAUGGACAUCCGGAUGUCUUUGAUAGAAUAUUCCAUAUUACUCGUGGUGGCAUGAGCAAGGCUUCUCGUGGCAUCAAUCUCAGCGAGGAUAUUUUUGCAGGUUUCAAUUCCACUCUAAGAAGAGGAAAUGUCACUCACCAUGAGUACAUCCAAGUUGGGAAAGGUAGAGAUGUCGGUCUCAAUCAAAUUUCUCUCUUUGAGGCUAAAGUUGCUUGCGGUAAUGGAGAGCAGACACUGAGCAGAGACAUCUAUCGAUUAGGGCACCGUUAUGAUUUCUUCCGCAUGAUGUCGUAUUACUUUUCAACAAUAGGAUUUUAUAUCAGCUCAAUGUUGGUUGUGAUGACAGUCUAUGCUUUCCUGUAUGGUAGACUCUACUUGUCAUUAAGUGGAAUGGAGGAGACAAUUAUAAAGUUUGCGGCCACCAAGGGAAAUAAUGCUCUACAAAUAGCCAUGUCUUCACAAUCUGUUGUCCAAUUAGGGUUGUUGACAUCCUUGCCCAUGAUUAUGGAAAUCGGACUUGAAAGAGGGUUCAGAACUGCAUUAGGGGACACGAUAAUAAUGCAGCUGCAGCUAGCAUCAGUUUUCUUUACAUUUUCACUGGGUACAAAGGUUCAUUAUUUUGGCAGAACAAUACUGCAUGGUGGGGCUAAAUAUAGAGCGACUGGUCGUGGCUUUGUUGUUCGGCAUGAAAAGUUUGCUGAAAACUACAGGAUGUACUCACGGAGUCACUUUACUAAAGGCCUGGAGCUUAUGGUACUGCUUAUUGUUUAUAUGAUAUAUGGCUCAGCAGCUGAUGGUUCAUCAGCAUAUAUAUUUAUCACAUUCUCCAUGUGGUUCUUGGUGCUUUCUUGGUUAUUUGGCCCCUUCCUCUUUAACCCUUCGGGAUUUGAAUGGCAAAAGAUAGUGGAAGACUGGGAUGAUUGGUCAAAAUGGAUAACUAGCCGUGGUGGUAUUGGUGUGCCAGCAAAUAAGAGCUGGGAGUCCUGGUGGGAUGAAGAGCAGGAGCAUCUGCAGUUCACGGGGAUGCUGGGACGAUUUUGGGAGAUUGUACUCUCUCUGCGCUUCCUUCUGUUCCAAUAUGGAAUUGUGUACCAUCUCAAUGUUUCAGGGGGUGAUAAAAGUAUCAUGGUUUAUGCUCUGUCGUGGCUCGUCAUUCUUGCUGUGGUGAUUAUCCUCAAGGUUGUGUCCUUGGGUAGAAAAAGGUUCAGUGCUGAUUUCCAGCUGAUGUUCAGACUUCUCAAGCUGUUCGUCUUCAUUGGCUUCGUAGUCACCAUUGCAAUCCUUUUCAUUUUCCUUAAUCUCACUGUUGGUGACAUCUUUGUAAGUUUGCUGGCCUUCUUGCCUACCGGGUGGGCGCUACUUCAGAUAGCACAAGCAUGCAAGCCAGUGGUUAAGGUCAUAGGAAUGUGGGGGUCUAUAAAAGCCUUAGCAAGAGGGUACGAAUACGUGAUGGGACUGUUCAUUUUUGCCCCAGUAGCUGUUAUGGCAUGGUUCCCCUUUGUCACAGAGUUCCAAGCCAGGCUGCUAUUCAACCAGGCUUUCAGUCGAGGGCUUCAGAUCCAACGUAUUCUUUCCGGUGGGAAGAAGCAGAAGUCUAAGACUAGCUAACUCCAUUGCCUGUACACACACAGCUUAUAUUUCUACGUACAUAGUUUGAGAUUGACAUGUAAAUAAGGAACAGACCACGUAUUUUUGGCCCUGUAAAGUAGCUACGUGUAUAUUACACUUGUGUACAUCAAUAUAUAUAGUUCAUUUUC